UUAAAAUAGAACGAGUUGUUCGUUGAAAAUUUGAUUUUUUUUUUCUUAUAACAAGAAAAUAUUCUUUUAAAAAAAUGAGCAAUUUACAUCGUUCAACAAUCAAUGUAAUCAAUACAUCAAGAUCAUCGUCAUCAUCAUCAUCUUUAAUGAAGAAUAAUAAAAAUCAUCAAUCAACAAGUACUACAAUGAUGCAUGUCGAUCAAUUGAACAGUAGUGAUGAAGAUUCGACUAAUAAUAAUAAUAAUGGUAAUAAUGAUCUAAAACGACAGAAAUCAGUUGUUCGUGAAAUCGGUUCACAAGCAGUAUGGUCAUUAUCAUCAUGUAAACCGGGAUUUGGUGUUGAACAAUUACGUGAUAAUUGUAAAGAUACAUAUUGGCAAUCGGAUGGUGUACAACCACAUUUGGUCAAUAUACAAUUUAGACGUAAAACAACUGUUUGUGAGAUUAAAAUAUUUGCCGAUUAUAAAUUGGAUGAAUCAUAUACGCCGAAUAAAAUAUCCGUACGUGCAGGUAAUCAUUUUCAUGAUCUACAUGAAGUAGCAUUAGUCGAAUUGAUUGAACCAUGUGGAUGGGAAACAAUACCGUUACGUGAUGCUGAUGAUCAUCCAAUACGUGCAUUUCUCAUACAGAUUGCCGUACUUGGUAAUCAUCAGAAUGGUCGUGACACACAUAUUCGUCAAAUAAAGAUUAAUUCACCUGUCGAAGAUACUGUUUUAUCUGUGAAAAAAUUACCACAAGAUUUUCGUACGAUACGUUUCUGGGAACAUACAUGUUUACGAUAGUCAUCGAUAAGUUUUUUUUUUGGUAAAAUGAUCAAAUUUUUUUAUUUAUUUACGAGAAGCUUCGCUUCUCGUGUUUAUUAUAUAGAUAAUUUUCCUCCUAAAAUCAUAA